AGAGCACCGAUUUCCGGCAAAGAUCUCUUCGCCCUUUUGAUGGCGGUGAUUAAAAAGCAACAAAGACCAACGCUCGGAGGUUUAUUUGUUCGUAUUUUAGUUUAACAGUCAACAUAGUCAUCUAAACAGCGGCUGUCUGCUGUUCUCAGGCCCGCUCCUGUCUCUGUCCGUAGCCGGCGUCAUGGAAACAGAGGAGCAGGCCAGGAACCGUUUCCAGUCGGAGCUGGAGUUCGUCCAGUGUCUGGCCAACCCAAACUACCUGAACUUUUUGGCUCAGAGAGGCGUCCUGAGGGAGAGACCCUUCAUUAACUACCUGAAGUACCUGCUGUACUGGAAGGAGCCCGAGUACGCCAAGUUCCUCAAGUAUCCUCACUGCCUGCACAUGCUGGAGCUGCUGCAGUACGAACACUUCAGGAAGGAGCUGGUCAACGCUCAGUGCGCCAAGUUCAUCGACGAGCAGCAGCUGCUGCACUGGCAGCACUACUCCAGGAAACGCACCCGGCUGCAGCAGGCGCUGGCCGAGCAGCAGCAGCCGCAGCAGCAGCCGCCGCCGCACGGCAACGCCGCCGCCAAGUGACGGUGUCACUGGAGGCGGGAGGACUGUACAGAGGAACGUGUGGGAGAGUCAAAGUGUGGAUUACAGCUCCGCUGAUACGGGAGUUUUGAUGUUUGAAAAGAACGUAAUAAUGACACGUCGGCCAAUACUCUUUGUUUUUAUUUUUUUACACAAACAGUUUUGGUCCCUUAAAUGUGGUUAUUAAAGAAUUGUGAUCAGGGUGA